GCUUCUUGCUCUUUCUCUUUACCGUCCAUUCGUUGAUCCAUCCUUCUCUGUUUCUCCCACUCUAUCCUUCACCAUGCCUUCUCUUUCUUUAUUUCCUAAAAUAAAUCCCCCCUUUUUUUAUUCCAUGGGCAAUAAUCACUAAAUCCCAAUUUUAUUAUUUGAAAUUAUGGGGUGCGCAACCUCAAAGCAUGAUGACUUACCGGCGGUGGCACUCUGCCGUGAACGUUGCGCCUUUCUAGACGAAGCUAUUCACCACCGUUACGCUUUUGCUGAAGCCCAUGUAGCUUAUCUUCACUCUUUAAAAGCCGUCGGCGUUUCUCUUCACCGGUUCUUCCAACAUGAUCUCGAUCUUUCUACUGCGUCUUCCUCCGAUAGUCCUCUUUCUCCUGUUCUCAAUCUCCCUUCUCACCGCAAAGCUGGAGUAGACCUUCCAGAACCUUCUUCUUCUUCUUCCCCACCAGCAAAAAAGGCAAUUCACAAACAUCACGAUUCUCACUCUAGUUCCGGUUCACAUCUUCAUUUCCAUUCUGAGUCUGGUUCGGAAGAUGAUGACUCCGGUUCAGAGUCUUUGCAUCACCGCCAUACGGAAACCCCUACUCACGUUAAUAAUCAGUUCGCUUAUGCUGAUCACGAAACCCUAGGGGGGUUCGGAGCACCGUAUCAAGUCGGAGCGGGUGGCGGGUCCGGAGCACCGUAUCAAGUCGGAGCGGGUGGCGGGUUCGGAGCACCGUAUCAAGUCGGAGCUGGUGGCGGGUUCGGAGCACCAUAUCAGGUUGGUGCAGGUGGUGGGUAUGGUGCACCGUAUCAAGUUGGAGGGGGUGGUGGGGAGUAUAUGCAUAUGAAUUUCAUGAGGAAGCAAGCGACGCCGUCGGUGACCUAUCAACAACGGCCGAUGAGUUCCGAGACUGUUCGUAUGGAUGAAGGCUCCUCUUCCUAUUACCCUUAUCCUUAUCCGAAUAGCAACAACCCUAAUUCUAACUACAAUUACCCGGAGUAUCCCAAUUACGGUGACAGUUUUUUUCCCUCGUCGAUGCAAAGGCCGUACGGUGUUUCAUCUCCGCCGCUGGGGCCGUCUAGAGCUGGGCCUUCGACUUCGAAACCGCCACCGCCUCCGCCAUCUCCACCGAGGAGUUCACCUUGGGAUUUUCUGAACCCUUUCGAGACUUUUGAGAAUAAUAAUUACCCUACACCUUAUACGCCAAGCCGAGACUCGAGAGAGGUGAGGGAAGAAGAGGGUAUUCCUGAUUUGGAAGACGAGAUUUUUGAGCAUGAAGUUGUUAAGGAAGUUCAUGGACAUCAGAAGUUUGUCGACGGCGAUGGAGGAGGUGGCGGAGAGAACUAUUCAAAGGCAGUGGCAGAGGAGGAAGGGGAGAAGCAAACUGAUACAGAGUCGUUAUACCGUGGGAGGCCAAGUGGGUCAGUUGAGAAUGAGCAGGAGGUGGAGUAUGAGGUGCACGUUGUGGAUAAGAAAGUGGUAGAUGAGGACAGAAGUAAGUCAGGGGGACAUGGUGGAAAUGUUAGAGCUCGUGCAUUUAAGGACGAUUCUGAUGUUGUGAAAGAGAUACAAGUUAAAUUUGAGCGAGCUUCUGAAUCUGGGAAUGAGCUUGCCAAGAUACUCGAGGCUGGAAAGCUUCCCCACAAUCGUAAGCAUGCCUCCUAUCAAGUUUCUUCCAAGAUGUUGCAUGCAAUUACUCCUUCGUUAUCUGUAGUCUCGUCACAAACUUCUACUUCAAAGAGUGCUGAGAUUCAGAUCGCUGAUCCUGCUGCUUCAGAUGUGGAAGGAGAUGUUACUUCAAGGUACAGGAACCUUUCUUCAACGUUAAAUAAGCUGCACCUCUGGGAGAAGAAGCUGUAUCAGGAGGUUAAGUCCGAGGAGAAGAUAAGGGUACUUCAUGAAAGAAAAUCUGAAAAGCUACAGCGAUUAGAUCAAAAGGGUGCUGAGGCUCACAAGGUUGACAUGACAAGGCGAUUGGUUAGAAGUCUCUCCACAAAAAUUAGAAUCGCGAUUCAGGUUGUUGACAAGAUCUCUGAGAAGAUAAACAAGAUUAGGGAUGAAGAGUUAUGGCCGCAACUGAAUGAAUUUAUUCAGGGGUUAAGUAAAAUGUGGAAAGGCAUGCUUGAGUGUCAUCGUAGCCAAUGCCAGGCUAUUGGAGAAGCCAAACGAUUAGAUGCCAUUGCAUCUCACAAACACUUCAGUGAUGCACAUCUCGAAGCCACUCUGGAGCUUGAACAGGAGCUUUUGCACUGGACUUUGAGAUUCUCUUGCUGGGUGAAUGCACAGAAAGGUUAUGUGAGAGCUCUAAACUCUUGGCUCAUGAAAUGUCUUCUGUAUGUGCCUGAAGAAACACCCGAUGGAAGAGUUCCCUUCUCUCCCGGAAGGAUUGGUGCUCCCCCAAUUUUUGUCAUUUGUAAUCAGUGGUCACAAACCAUUGAAGGAGUUUCUGAGAAAGAGGUCAUUGACUGUAUGCGAGAUUUUGCAACUAAUGUCCUUCAGCUCUGGGAGCGAGAUAAACUGGAAGUGCGGCAAAGGAUGAUGGUGAACAAGGACAUGGAGAGAAAAGUGAAGAACCUGGAGAGAGAGGACCAGAAGAUACAAAAGGAGAUUCAUGCACUGGGCAAAAGAAUAGUACUCGUUUCUGGGGAUGAAAGUGGUCUCUCACUAAAUAGGCAUGUCGUGUACCAGAGUGAAACAAGCAAAAAUAGUAGUCUUCAGCUUGGUCUGAGACAUAUUUUGGAGGCCAUGGAAAGGUUUACUGCCAAAUCCUUGAAGGUUUACGAGGAGCUUCUGCAACGGAUUGAAGAGGAUAAUCUGGCUUGAAUAGCAUGAAAAAUUGUUGUUGCAUUACCUUGAAAAGGUUAUACCUUCUUGGUGCCUGUUAUUAUGCUAAUAUUAGAGGUUAUUCAAUUUCCAGGCUGGGGAACAAUGUGAGAUGGAGCAACAGAGACCUUGUUGGCUUUCUCUGCUCUCGCUGUAGCGUAAUCACAGCUCAAUCAGUUUCAGCUGGGAAGAGAGAUUUAUGGCAGCUGUAAUGCUGAUGAUGUGCCUUCGACGUUAUUGCAAUGGAAACUUUUUGCUGAUAUUCAGGACAGAUAUUCUUGAAUCUCCUGUUUUAGAAGUCUCCUUGGAUCUUGAAUAUUACAAUAACUGAUGCAGUAUAAAGUAUGCUGUUUUUCAGUGGUUGGGCUCCGCGUCAGACUAGCUAUGAACCUGAAAGGAGGAGGGGGUUAAAUCCCUAGGAUAGGCACCAAUGUUCAAGUCACUAAUCCUGAGCUACUGCAGGCGUAAAUUAUGAAACAUCAUGCUUCUGUUAAAUGCGAGUAUUUGUUACCGUUGGCAUGGUGGUAGUUUGCCCCAUUGGCACCACUUAGGCUUCAAGUGCGUCCUAUGUGGUGGCCAGACCGGUUCCCGGGGCAGCUUAGGUGGCACCGACUAAAUUGAGCCAGGCUGGAGACUUUGUGCUCUGUCCUCCUGGAGCAGCUGUUGAUUGGUAUUGAGAAACUGAUUGUUGGAGAUAUCUGAGUGAUGACAGGUCGUGUUCGGAUAGGUGCUUCAUUCUUGUGAUAGUAACACGAAUAAGCAAGUAGAUGUGGCAUCUAAACUGCAAGCGGAGGCCGUCUGCCUCAAUGAAAAGAAGAUUGAGACGUUUGUCCGGAAAUAUGAAACUCAGGAGUUUGGGAUAUAGUUUGUUCAGGCUGCCUUAAGAGGGAGGUUGAGGAGUUGUUCAUUCUGAGGCUUACCGUACUUUGGACAUUUCAAUUGGAUCAAGACUACUGGUUGAAAAGAUGCUGUUCGGGUAUGCAAGUCAUUUGGACUGCUGGUUGCCUGGCACCGGACAUUGCCUGAGAAUAGAGGCAUAAUAUUCAUAAGUUAGUUGUAUUCAGAUUGUUGUAUAGGGGCCAUGUUCUUUAAAUUCUGAUAAUAAUCUAUAUCUUGAAUUAGGUAUGUAUAGGGCUGUAUAGAUAACCCAGAUUUAUUAUAUUUCAACUUAAGCUAACUCAGAACCUGCUAACCGUAAGUCGUUUUGGUUGUCCAUAACGCAAAGGUUUUCUGGAUUUGAGGUGAGGUGUGUUGAAUACAUCGUUAUACCAGAGUUAAUAAAAUGUUCGUAUUUCUGAAUA